AACUGACCAAGCACUGAACUGAGUGGGAAGACGCAGCCCCUCGCCUCUCCUGGAUGCCACCAUGAGGCAGGUGUCCCUGGUGCCGUUCCUCACCUUCGCUCUGCUGGCUCUCAACGCUGGCCACAUCCUAUCGGGAGCAGCAGAGGGGGAAGGCAAGGAGCUGAAAGUGUGGGCGAGUGCAGGAAGUUCAGCUGUGCUGCCAUGUCACCUAAGCCCCAGAAAGCUGUGGAAGAGCUGGAAGCAGCUGCCUGACAAGACAUCUGUGCAGUGGAAGCGGCAUGGGGGAAGUGGCCACCAGGACUCACACAUGGUGCUGGAGGUGGGCUACUCGGGUCUCCGGAAGACAGCGCUGCCCAUGAGGCCCCGGGUGUCGGUCCAGGACUCUGCCUUACGCAAUGGCAACUUCUCCCUGCGAAUUGACCCGGUCCGGAGCGAGGACGCGGGGCUGUAUGAGGCACGCGUGGCAUACAACACAGAGGUCCAGAGCUGCCAGGUGGAGUUGGGGGUAAUUACAGUAACCCUGAGUCCACCCGGCCCUGUGGUAGAAAACGAGCCACUGGUGUUGAGCUGCAACUCUAGCCACAGGGCCAGCCUCGUGGAGACGUGCUGGUUCCACAAUGGGCGCCUGGUCCCCACCUCCAGGACCUCCUGCUCCUCGCAUGGGGCUCUCUCUCUUUUCCGGCCAGCCAUGAGUGAUGCAGGCUCCUGGCGCUGUCAGCUCAGAUACUCUGACAAUGAGAUCAUUUCUGCCACAUACAAUCUACAAAUUCUAGGUUUUGAUGGCCCAACGAAUCCUGUGGUCUAUGCUGCAGCCGGCUCUGCGGCUGACCUACCAUGUAUGCUGAGCCACCCUCCCAGCGCCUUUGGGAUCAACAUGGUGACAGUCCACUGGAGCCGUCUGGCAGGAGGGUACCCGCAAGACUGGAGUGUUUCCCAGAACUGCAGCAGCAGAAGCUCCCCACUUCCUCUCCCUGAGGUGGGGCUGGGUGAUGCAGGACAGUACCGCUGUGCUGUCUCUGUUGGCAGCAAGACAAUCAGCACAGACGUGACCUUGUCGGUGGUUACAGUCACUCCAAGCAUCCAAGGGCCAGUUUCAGAGGGGUCUCAUUUGCUGCUCCUCUGCAGUCUCACACACUCCCGGGGACAUGAACGUUUGCAGUGGAAGCAUCUCAGCUCAGCCCCCACCAACAGCAGACUGGCUGUAGCCACCUCCCAUAACCUGGAAGGCCACUGGUCCCAGACAGCCGCUACCUUGGAAAUAGCCCAAGUGUCACAAAAGGAUGUGGGCAUAUGGGAGUGCAGUGUAUAUGGCCCAGAAGGGAGGCUGGGAGCAGUGCAGUAUGAGCUGCAGGUCACAGGUGCCCAGGUCUCCAGCCCUCCCACCAUCUUCAGUGGGCAGGUUACUUUUGGGCUCACACUCACCCUCUUCCUCGUGCUUAUGGUCUGUGUUCUGGCUUUGGCCCUACAAAAAAGGAGACGGCCUCCUGCCUUCCCAGCGCUGGAAGGGAUGGUUGCAGUCACUCUGCCAAUGAAGAAAGAGAUGGAGGAAAACCAGAAAGAGAAGGUCCAGCAAACCGAGUGCUGAUGGGAACAGAGACACCAGGCCCAAUCUGCAUGGGAGGAUGAAACUGUGUGCCAUGCAUGCUGUAGAGAGAUGGGCACCGUGCACACCGCUCAGGACGGUCUAGAGACGGCAUAAACAUAGCAGGAUGCCGUGAGAGCUCUGUACCCGCAGCAGGGCU